AUGUCUAUAAUUGGCGGAGUGGAAUCUGGCGACGUCACGAUCGUCGUCGACUCAUCUAUCGACCCUGGAGUCGAGUCUGGUGACGUUAUCAUCGUCGUGGUGUCUUCAGAAGACGUUGUGCCUUCUGUAGACCAUGUAGACGUUUCUAAAGCUGUUGAUGACGUAGUUACUUCAGAAGGCCAUGAGGACGUGCCUUCUGAAGUCGUCGAUGACGUUGUUCCUUCAGGAGGCCAUGAAGACUCCCCUCCUGAAGUCGUUGUAGUUUCAGAAGACGUCCAGGAAGAAAGAGUGGAAUCAGGAAAUGUGAUCAUCGUCGUAUCGUCUUCAGGUUCUCCUGGAGUUGUGAAGACGUUUGGAGAUUCAGUUGACGCGCUGGAAAAGGUUUUAGAAGGCGUGGAAAAUGACGUAGCUUCUUCAGGUACUGUAGAGGUGAAUCCUGAUGUGGUCACUGACGUUGACGACACCUCUUCCGGUGUGGUUUCUUCAGAAGGCGUCAUUGUCGACGUCACUUCUCUUUCAGAUGACGUGGUUUCUUCAAAAAAUGAAGUCGUAGUCCAUUCAGAAGGGGCCGAUGUCCCUUCUUCAGUCUCUGUAGUCGUGGUCGCUUCGGAUGACGUGACUUCUUCAGGUGUCAAAGUAGUAGUAACUUCUGACGACGUGACUUCUUCUAAAGCUGACGUCGUCAUCCAUUCAGAAGGUGUUGAUGUUUCUUCUUCCGGCUCUGAAGUCGUGAAUCCUGCCGAUGAAGUUACAAAUUCGGACGUCGUCCAUCCCGAAGUGCCUGUCGUAGCUUCUGAAAGCAGAUGUCUUCAGAAUCACCGUCAAUUCUUCAGAAUCACCUGUCGAAGUUUCAGAAGACGUGAAAUGGACCAUCGAGCUCAGGCCGUCGGUACUGAAAAGGACGCAGUCACGCCGAGGUCCGCCUGA